UCGAAUCGCGGUAGGGAGCUUUUCGAAGUGCGAGCGUCGACGUUUUAUUUCUGCGGCUCAGUCGGUUUUAGUUCGUUCUGUUGGAGAAAAGCAGCAAUCACACGUUCGCAAGGUGAACGCGAAGACACAGCAAAUCGUUAAAACAGAAUAAAGCAAAAUGUCCAACCUUAAGCGUUUCGAUGAUGAGGAGCGUGAGUCCAAAUAUGGACGUGUCUUCGCUGUCUCCGGUCCUGUCGUCACUGCCGAGGCCAUGUCUGGAUCAGCUAUGUACGAGUUGGUCCGCGUCGGCUACUACGAGCUGGUGGGCGAGAUCAUCCGUCUGGAGGGCGACAUGGCCACCAUCCAGGUGUACGAGGAGACCUCCGGCGUGACUGUCGGCGAUCCGGUGCUGCGUACCGGCAAGCCCCUCUCCGUGGAGCUGGGACCCGGUAUCAUGGGCAGCAUCUUUGACGGUAUCCAGCGUCCCCUGAAGGACAUUAACGAGCUGACCGAAUCCAUCUACAUCCCUAAGGGUGUGAACGUGCCCAGUUUGUCGCGCGUGGCCAGCUGGGAGUUCAACCCCCUGAAUGUCAAGGUCGGCUCCCACAUUACCGGAGGUGACCUGUACGGUCUGGUGCAUGAGAACACCCUGGUCAAGCACAAGAUGAUUGUGAACCCCCGCGCCAAGGGAACAGUGCGUUACAUUGCCCCCUCCGGCAACUACAAGGUCGACGAUGUCGUCCUGGAGACGGAAUUCGAUGGAGAGAUCACCAAGCACACCAUGUUGCAGGUGUGGCCUGUGCGUCAGCCCCGUCCCGUGACCGAAAAGCUGCCCGCCAACCACCCCCUGCUCACCGGACAGCGUGUCCUCGACUCGCUCUUCCCCUGUGUCCAGGGCGGUACCACCGCCAUUCCCGGAGCCUUCGGUUGCGGCAAGACUGUGAUCUCGCAGGCUCUGUCCAAGUACUCCAACUCCGAUGUGAUCAUCUACGUCGGUUGCGGUGAGCGUGGUAACGAGAUGUCUGAGGUACUGCGUGACUUCCCCGAGUUGUCUGUGGAGAUCGACGGUGUGACUGAGUCCAUCAUGAAGCGUACUGCCCUGGUGGCCAACACCUCCAACAUGCCUGUGGCUGCUCGUGAGGCCUCCAUCUACACUGGUAUCACCUUGUCCGAGUACUUCCGUGAUAUGGGUUACAACGUGUCCAUGAUGGCUGAUUCCACCUCCCGUUGGGCUGAGGCUCUUCGUGAGAUUUCGGGUCGUCUGGCUGAGAUGCCUGCCGAUUCCGGCUACCCAGCCUACUUGGGAGCUCGUCUGGCCUCCUUCUACGAGCGUGCCGGUCGCGUCAAGUGCUUGGGUAACCCUGAGCGCGAGGGAUCCGUGUCCAUUGUCGGAGCUGUGUCUCCUCCUGGUGGUGACUUCUCCGAUCCCGUGACAUCCGCCACUCUGGGUAUCGUACAGGUGUUCUGGGGUCUCGACAAGAAACUGGCCCAGCGCAAGCACUUCCCCUCGAUCAACUGGCUGAUUUCGUACUCCAAGUACAUGCGUGCCCUGGAUGACUUCUAUGACAAGAACUUCCCCGAAUUCGUGCCACUGCGUACCAAGGUCAAGGAGAUCCUGCAGGAGGAAGAGGAUCUGUCUGAGAUCGUGCAACUGGUCGGCAAGGCCUCUCUGGCCGAGACCGACAAGAUCACGCUGGAGGUGGCCAAGCUGCUGAAGGACGAUUUCCUGCAGCAGAACUCCUACUCCUCGUACGAUCGUUUCUGCCCCUUCUACAAGACCGUGGGCAUGCUGAGGAACAUCAUCGACUUCUACGACCUGGCCCGUCACUCCGUGGAGUCGACGGCUCAGUCCGAGAACAAGAUCACCUGGAACGUGAUUCGUGAGGCUAUGGGCAACAUUAUGUACCAGCUGUCGUCCAUGAAGUUCAAGGACCCUGUUAAGGAUGGUGAGGCCAAGAUCAAGGCUGACUUCGAGCAGCUGCACGAGGACCUGCAGCAGGCCUUCAGGAAUCUGGAGGACUAGAGACCGCGUUGGCCCUACUUUUACACUCUAAUCUUAUAUUUGUUAUAUAGUUAACGUUUAAAAAUGAAAGCAGUCAAAAACCACCCGAAAAGCCUAAUCAAACACCAACAAUUCCGUGCUGCAUUCGAUGAAAAACAAAAGUCCAACCAAUACCACAACUUCUUGGUGCCUGCGAGAGAUGUAAACAUUCCGGCCUGCGGUUAAUACUUCCCCUAACCACGCCCCCUCCGCCCGCUGAAGGGCAACUCAAGGCAACAACAACUACAACGUCCUGCUAUGUACUUCCAUUUACAACAACAACGACAACGCACACUUGAAUUAAAGUACACGGACACUGGCGCACACACACAACACAUACAUAAAAGACACAAAUACAAAUGCAUGCAUAAAUAGUAUUAUUGUUUAAUGAAUGGAAAUUCUUGUUUAUUUGUGAAAAAGUCAUGUUUUCUCCUGUUUGUUUGUUAAAUUUAUGUAAAUAUUUAAAGUAUGAAAUAUUAAAUGUACGAAUAAAGUGCAACAACAAAUACAUUUAAUGUAA